AUUUGAAACUGCCGAAUGGAAUCAGGAAAGCAAAAUCUAGUUCCGCAGUUGGUCCAAAUUAUAUAAAUAGUCCGAAAACUGAGAAACCGCCAAUGUUAACAUUGUCACCGGAAUAUUUGUCACCAGAUUUUCCAUCACCAGAUAAAGUUCAGAAUAACAAUCUAACAGUCCCAGCGAGCCCGGGGGACAGUGGUAGUUCACUGGUCUCCCAGGGUUCAUUUUCAAGUGUCAAUAGUCAAACGACGGCUUCCACAGUAGUUACCGCAGUCGAAGUAACGAUCACACAAUUCCUACCGUUGAUUCGAGACAUAAAACAAAAAGUGGAGAAAAUAUCACGCAGAUGCCAAAUAGCAGAACAUCAUCGUCGCAUUUGCAGUGCAUUAUUAGAUCGAGCUUUAAUAGCCGAUGAUGCAGUGCGAUAUUACGAGAGUCGACAACAUGAAGACGAGGAAUUUUGGAAAUCGAAACAUAAUUAUUCGUGUGUUCAAAGACUUGCUGAGGCGGUUGAACAGAUUGAGGAUUUUAUACGGAAUGUGUCGCAGCUUCGACGAUAUCGAAGGUUUAUUAAAAAGAACAAUAUACAAUUUACGUUUCAGCAUUUGUCAACAGAAAUUGAUGCUGCCCUACGAGAUCUGAAUAUUAUUUCGUCAAAUGCUGACCAGUUCCAGAUUGGACAAGAUUUAAAGGUUGUGGAAGAUGAUUUGAAUGAUAUGUCAAGGUUUCUACAAGAAAUUCUUGGUGGUAUUACGGAUCAAUUUGGCCAAGUAUCACGUGAAAUAGAAGAAAUAUAUGCACUAAAUGCAACAUUCCGUAUACGUAAACCAUUAGUACCUGCAUUAACAGCAACCGCAAUGAUAGAUGCUUCGACGGUGAAAAGAUUAACCCCACCAGUGCAGCCAAGCAUGAAUGUCGAGAAAGCAACUUGGAAUAAUAUGAAUGUAGCAUUGACAAAGAUCAAACGACAUUUCAAAGACGAAGACUUGAGUGGUAAAAACAAAAUACGAAACAACGUAGCGAUCUUAAAAAAAGUUGUAAACUGCAACCAUAUCAUUACUUUUCAUGGCGUAAUCGAAGAAUGGGACGAGGCGAAACGAAUGAAAUUUCUAUACGUAGUGACUGAAUGGGCCGAAUUCGGAAAUCUACGAGAAUACUACAGGAAUUUCGGUCCGUUGUCGUGGACGAGGAAAUUGUCAAUAGCUGUUGAUGUGAUACGAGGGCUAAAUUUUUUACGAGCCGUGGAUAUCUUGCAUCAUGAGUUGACGCCGAGUUCGGUGUUGAUAACGGCAGAUCAUCGAGCAAAGAUUUCGGGUUGUGGGUUGAACUUUUUCUCGUCCGAUAAUGGGCGGGCUAACAGUACGGAUCGUAUAAGCGAUAUGGUUGAUAAGUACCGAUAUUUGGCACCGGAGAGACUGAAGUCGGAUUUUGCGUAUGAUGUUAAAUGUGAAAUUUAUAGUUUUGGAAUGUUACUAUUGGAGAUUGCAGAAGAAAAUUUACCACUACAUGGACACAAUUAUAAAACAGUAAUUGAAGCAUUACGAGAAAACACAUACAGGCCACAAGAACUGUUUACAAGGACAAAAAUGACACCGAAAGAAUAUCGAGAACUUGUACUUUUGGCAAUAAACCAUGAAAGAAGUCGUCGUCCCCCAUUUUCCGAAAUGUUCCUUUCCUUAAACGCAAUGUUGAAACGAUGCAGAGCUGCAGAAGCAUUGCUAGACGAAUCGCUAGCCCUCACGCCGACUUUAACUACCACGUCUACAUCAAUAACAUCUUCGCCAUCUGAUAGUGGUUUUGAGGGUGAAAUCUUGAUUGGACUUUCGGAUGAAUUAAGGAAUGGGCUGGCACCUUUUGAAGAAAUUGAAGAUCAAAUUAUGAUUUGA